AUGAAAGCAAAUAAUGAUUUUGAUAUCAUUGCAUUACUACAUUUACAAGCCUGGGAGGAAGGUGGGGCACACGGCGGCCCUGACUUUUUGUUAUUUCAUAGAGAACUGCUUAAAGUUUAUGAAUUAGCGAUGCGAGAAGCUUCAUACAAACUUUUCCAAUCGACAGAUGUUUGUUUGGCUUAUUGGGACUCGACCUUGGAUGGACGUUUACCGACACCAAAGGAUUCAUAUUUCUUCACCGCUGACGUAAUUUUAUUAGAUAAUUUAUCAGAUCAGAUUUAA